UACGCGCUUUCCACAACAUGCAGCAAAGAGGAGGUGGCAAGGCACCCUAUCAUCAAUUCUGAAGUUGGUUCGGUAUGAAGGAAUAUUCCCUAUUAAAACCAACCGGAAGAAAAUUAAAUGUUUAGAAAUGGCCACACCAUAAAUGACUACCGUCUCGUGGAGCUUCAAAUCUGAGAAACUUCAUUUCAUUCUCGCGUUUAUUUUUCCAUUCCUUGUGACGACAGAGGACUUGUAUUAGAUUGCUUGGUUGGGCCGUAACUACGGGUUAUAAGUAUGUCUUUGAAGGGAGUUUUAUGAAAUCGGUACCGCUGAACUUCAAGACGAUGCUGCCAGUCUGUUGAGAUCCAUUUAUUAAGCCGGUUGUUACAUUGUCUAAGAAUGAUCGUGUGUGUAUUGGGGCAGUAACGUUAACCAUCCCAAGACCACCCUUGUGCAUUUUGUUGAGCAUGAUCAAAUGUAGCCAACGUGUUAUGUGAAUUGUUUCAUUUACAAUAAUAAUAAUAAUGCGCGAUUGGUGUUUCAGCUCAUGAGUAAAUGCGGGUAUUGAAUUGUAGCUUAUUAUUAUUGAGUUUAUUUCAAGAAUCGUCUGUCUACUUGUCUAGCGGCUAAAUGGACACAGUGGCGCGAGCUAGCUGCCUUAUUACAGCCUCAUAGAUACUUGGACGUUAUUGGGAAUUUUGGAUUAUUCUUCUUUCUUUGUGGGAAUUGCUGGAAAGGCCACUCAGACUAAACUCACAGAAGAUGUCGUUCUUCAAUUUUCGUAAAAUCUUCAAGUUGGGGUCUGAUAAGAAGAAGAAACAGUAUGAGCACGUACAUAGAGACGAGAACCCGGAGGAAAUCUGGGAGAUUAUUGGGGAACUGGGAGAUGGGGCCUUUGGGAAAGUGUACAAGGCCCAAAACAAGCAGACUGGGACCCUGGCUGCUGCCAAGGUGAUCGAUACCAAGACAGAGGAGGAGUUGGAGGAUUACAUGGUGGAGAUAGACAUUCUGGCCUCCUGCGAUCAUCGUUACAUAGUCAAACUGCUGGAUGCCUUCUAUUAUGAAAGCAAACUGUGGAUUCUGAUUGAGUUCUGUGCGGGAGGUGCUGUCGAUGCAGUCAUGUUGGAGCUUGAGAGGCCUCUGACAGAGCCCCAGAUCCGGGUGGUGUGUAGACAGACGUUGGAGGCCCUGGCCUACCUUCAUGAGAUCAAGGUCAUCCACAGAGACCUGAAGGCUGGGAACAUCCUUUUCUCACAGGAGGGAGACAUCAAAUUGGCUGACUUUGGCGUGUCCGCUAAGAAUACCAUGACGCUGCAGAGAAGAGAUUCUUUCAUUGGCACUCCAUAUUGGAUGGCUCCAGAGGUGGUGAUGUGUGAGACGUCUAAGGACCGUCCGUAUGACUACAAGGCUGACAUCUGGUCCCUGGGGGUCACCCUGAUUGAGCUGGCACAGAUAGAACCUCCUAACCACGAGAUGAACCCCAUGAGAGUCCUGCUGAGAAUAGCCAAGGCCGAUCCGCCCACACUCAUGCAGCCUUCACGCUGGUCACCAGAGUUUAAUGACUUUCUGAGGAAGGCACUGGAUAAGAAUGUGGACCGUAGGUGGUGCACAGCCCAGCUCUUGCAGCAUCCCUUUGUUAGCAGUGUAGUUGACAACAAACCUCUGAGAGAACUGAUUGCUGAGGCCAAUGCUGACGUCUUAGAGGAGAUAGAAGAAGGCAAAGAGGAAGAUGAAGAAGAAGAGACAGAAGCAACUCUGGUGGUGCCCGGACAUAAGCGAGCGCCAUCAGACACCAGCAUGGCCAGCUCUGAGGAUGAGAAGCUCUCAGAGACCACCUCUACACUGGACUCGGUCACAGAGAAGACAGAGCCUGAGACUGCAGAGGACAAGGCCAGUGAUAAGCUGUCUGACGAGGGCCUUGGGACCAGCGUGGGCGACAGGGCAGAGGUUGAGAAACUGAACGAGGUGUCUGAUGCCAGUAAUGAGGACUUAGUCGAUGGACAGGUGAAGCCCAUGGAGCCCAAACCAGAGGAAAGCCCUGCUGGAAAGCCUGAGGAGAUUCCUGACUGUCAGAUCACCAUUGUGCCAGAAGCACCAUCAGACACACAGGAGAGUGUGAUUGUGAGUGAGGAGACAGGGGAAGAGGAGAAAGUAGAGGAUGGACCUCCACAAGUAUUCCCGAAGGAAAGAGUAGAAGUAGAGGAGAAGAAGACAGAGGAGGAGGAGGUGAAGAAGGAACCAAUCAAAGAGGAGCCAGAGGUGAUUCUCCAGCCUCCCACCAAAUUCACCGAUCCAGGGGACCAGCCGAGGAGUGCUUUAGAGGAGCCUGGCGCCGUACUGACAGAGGUCAAUGCUAAACCAGAGGAGACUGAGAAGGAGACGCUCGUUGAGGAGAUGACAGAGGAGGUUAAACCAGAGGCUGAUGGGGUCACAGACAUAAACACAGACACCGACUUGAAUGAAGACACAGACAACACAGAAUCGGACGUCAACACAGACGCAGAGGUAGACGCAGCUGAGGGCUCCACAGAGGUCUCUGCAGACACAGAAGCCCAAAGAGACAAUAAUGUAAUACCGGUGGUGAUUCUUGAGGAGGGGACAACAGACGAGAGGGAGGAGAAGCCACCAGCUGAGGAAGCUCCAUCCCAGGAUGCCGUUUCGGAGUCAAAGACCGACCAGGAAAGCACUCCUGUUAAGUCUAAGCCGGAUGUGGAGAAGGAUUCUGACUCUGGGAGCAGCUCUGCAGCCGAUAGCAACAGCAUGGACCUCAACCUGUCCAUCUCCAGUUUCCUGUCCAAAAAGGCUGAGGCGGGAUCUGUGUCCAUACAGGACACGAGACGGCAGAAGAAGACUCUGAAGAAGACCCGUAAGUUCAUGGUAGACGGAGUGGAGGUCAGUGUGACCACAUCAAAGAUAGUCACCGAUAACGACACCAAAAACGAGGAGAUGAGAUUCCUGAGGCGCCAGGAGCUGAGAGAGCUGCGUCUGCUGCAGAAGGAGGAGCAUAGAGCCCAGCAGGCGCUCAGCGACAAGCUGCAGCAGCAGAGAGAACAGAUCUACCGCCGCUUUGAGCAGGAGAUGACUGGUAAGAAGCGUCAGUACGACCAGGAGGUGGAGAAUCUGGAGAAGAAACAGAAGCAGACCAUCGAGCGGCUGGAGCAGGACCAUACCAACCGGCUGAGGGACGAGGCAAAACGCAUCAAGGCCGAGCAGGACAAGGAGCUCUCCAAGUUCCAGAACAUGCUCAAGAACCGCAAGAAGGAGGUGAAACAGGAAGUUGAACACUCACCCAAAUUCAUGAGGAGAGAGCUCAUGAAACUCUUAAAGGAAGAUCUAUCUCUCAUUCAGACUGCAAAGGGUGUGGCCCAGAUUAUGAUACAGUCUUUUCAGUUGUCCUCAUGUGCUCUCUUCAACGCUCAGAUGCAGGAUGAGCAGGAGUUUCUGCAGAAGCAGCAGCAGGAGUUGGAUGGAGCCCUGAAGAAGAUCAUCCAACAGCACAAACAUGAGAUCGCCACCAUCGAGAGAGACUGCCUCAACCACAAACAACAGCUUAUGAGAGCUCGAGAGGCAGCCAUGUGGGAGCUGGAAGAGCGCCAUCUGCAGGAGAAGCACCAGCUGCUCAAGCAGCAGCUCAAAGACCAGUACUUCAUGCAGAGACACCAGCUGCUCAAGAGACAUGAGAAGGAAAUGGAGCAGAUGCAGCGCUACAACCAGCGUCUGAUUGAGGAGAUAAAGAACAGACAGGCCCAGGAGAGAGGUCGUCUGCCGAAGAUCCAGCGGGGCGAUGCCAAGACACGCAUGGCCAUGUUCAAGAAGAGCCUCCGCAUCACCUCUGCACCUGGCACCCCGGAGCAGGAAAGGGAGAAGAUCAAACAGUUUGCAGCCCAGGAGGAGAAGAGGCAGAAGAACGAGAGACUCCAUCAACAUCAGAAACAUGAGAACCAGAUGAGAGACCUGCAGCUGCAGUGUGACUCCAACAUCAGAGAGCUGCAGCAGCUUCAGAAUGAGAAGUGCCAUCUCCUGAUUGAACACGAGACUCAGAAGCUGAAGGAGCUCGAUGAAGAGCACAGCCAGGAGCUGCAGGAGUGGAGGGAGAAACUACGGCCCAGGAAGAAGGCCUUGGAGGAGGAAUUCACACGCAAGCUCCAGGAGCAGGAGGUCUUUUUCAAGAUGAGCGGGGAGUCGGAAUGCCUUAACCCCACAACCCAGAGCCGAGUGUCCAAGUUCUACCCCAUCCCUAGUGUGCACAACUCUGGUUUAUAGCCCUCCUCAGCACAGGAACAUACUGGCUGGGCUCAUAGACUGUGUCCCCAUGGUGGUGGGGAGGACCUCAGCCCGGUUGUUAUCUGGAAACUAGCGUUGGUCUAUUGUGGAUCUUAGGCUAGUGUGAUGUCUUCACACAACCAUGCACAUACACUAAUGUUCAAAAGUUUGGGGUCACUUAGAAAUGUCCUUGUUUUUGAAAGAAAAGCAAAAUGUCCAUUAAAAUAACAUCAAAUUGAUC